GAGUUGGCUGGUAAAGUGCCCUGUGCCGCCUACGAUUAUGCACGCUCAGCACUUUUGAAUUCGAUUACCUUCCAACAACUGAAUCAACGCUAUCAAUAUUUAUUUGACUACUUGACCAAGUAUUCGGGUCGCAAAGUGGACACAUUGGAGGCUAUACAACGCAUGAAUAAUACAUUUUACAUUGAGACACUCUACAAUCGUACGCUGCCCGAAUGGACCAAGAAGGUGUACCCCAGCGCCGAUAUGACAUACAUAGCUGAUUUCGCAUUUUCGAUUAACACGUAUACGCGCCGCAUGGCACGCUUAAAGGCCGGACCGCUGAUAAAAGAAAUGCUACAACGUUUCGGUGAGAAGGCGCGCGGUUCACUCAAGCCCGAUCGUUCGGUGUGGAUUUAUAGCGCACACGACACAACCGUGGCGAACGUUUUGAACACACUCAAAUUAUACGAUAUGAAAAGUCCCGGUUAUACAGCUUGUUUACUAUUCGAAUUGCGCAUUGAUGAGCAGAAUCAACCUUUUGUGUCAAUAUUCUACAAAAACAAUUCGGCUGAGCCCACACUACUGAGUAUACCCGAUUGUGGUGUGUCAUGUCCACUGACGAAAAUGCACACAAUUUACAAAGAUAUUUUGCCGGUAGAUUGGGAGAAAGAAUGCAGACUGAGCACCAUGAUGAUGCCCUACGAUGAGGCUAAUAUCGGCUUGGCUAUGGCCAUACUGGGUUCAGUUAUCUGCUUUAUGCUACUGCUCUCCUACACAUUCAUGCUGUACUAUCGCCGCCGCCGAUAUAGCGCCUAUUCGUAUGCGCAAAUGGCCUAAUUGUCAAUAAGUGAUAUACAUACCUAUUUCGAAUGCUUUAGUUUUGCCCAACAACAUGCAACAACCAACCAGCUCCAAAGUGUAUGAGCACAAAUUGUAAUGUUCCUCUGUGUAUCAAUAAUCCUAAUACAUAUGUAUAUAUAUGUGCGAGUAUAAUAUGCAUUUGAUUUUAAUAUUUGACAGAUUUGAUAUUUAGCAAUUGAAUUGCAUUUGCAUUGUAUGUUAACUGUUAUAUGUGUGUAUGUAUGUAAAUUUAUUAUAUCAAUUGUGAUUCGCAUUUCUAGCUGAUAGUUUUUGCUCUAAUAUCAAAUUUAUGCAUUUUCAAUUAAAUAAUUAAAUAAACUUGUACCUACCUAAAUACCUACACACACAUACACAUGUAUAUAAACUCGAUUAUGUGCCAGUCAUGGGUCUGUUCGUUAAACUAACAGUUUUAAGAAAUAUUUUUUGUGCUUUAAAGGAAGUGUUUAAGUCAAAAAUUAUUAUUAUUGAUAUAUACUCGUAUAAAUGUCUACCAACAGUGUAUCCUAUAUUUUGUGUACAUACAUAAUAUAUAUUAAUACUACCGUUAUUCCAUGCUGGUUAACUGUACAAUGAGCAGACUGUCAUGCAUUAUACAUAAUUUACUCUUAAGAUGUUUUAGUUAGAACGGUGCUCACUUAUCACAUACAUAUUUACUAAUACAUACAAGUGUCAGACAUGAGAAUUACUUCUAUAAAACAACGUGAAAUAUUAUUUGUUCAUUUUAGUUCCAUCUAAAUCCUGUGUAAUUGUCCUUUUAUUUUUUUUGUUUUUUGUUUGUGCUUGAAUAUUUUUUUUUUCUCUUUUUGCCAUCUUAAUCCCAUGACAUACCCAGCCACAUUGUACGUAAAUAUAUAAGUGAUUUGCAUUAAAUAAAAAAGACUGUUGUUUAAUAGAAAAGAUGUUUGAAAAGAAAAGAAAAAAACUUUUUUACAAAAUUGUUAUCAAACAAAGGAAAUAAAUAUUAUAAAUAAACAAAAUUAUGAAUAUAAAAUAUGCAAAAUUUUGUAAAAAAAUAUCGAUUUUAAUAACAAACUAAGAAAACAUUAAAUAAAUUAUAAUUCCAGAAAUCAAAUAAAGAUUUUUCAUUGUUUUCG